CUGCAGGGAUAGUGGGACUUUAUCAAAUCGGGUUCUAAUAACACCUCGAAGACGCUAUCCAAUCCACCAGGCCCAAUAUUCUGUAGUGGGGGUACUUCCCACAGUGUGCUGGAAUGGUUAUCACAAAAAGACUGUGCUGUCUCCUCGAAAUUCCAAGAUGGUGUGUAGUCCAGUGACCGUGAGGAUUGCCCCUCCAGACAGCAAACUGACUCGUUCUGCAAUACCAGAGCAGAUAAUCAGCUCAACACUGACCUCACCAUCAAGUAAUGCCCCAGACCCAUGUGCAAAGGAGACUGUACUGAGUGCCCUCAAAGAGAAGAAGAAAAGGACAGUGGAGGAAGAAGACCAAAUAUUUCCUGACGGACAGGAAAAUAAAAGAAGGCGCCAUGAUAGCAGUGGAAGUGGCCAUUCAGCAUUUGAGCCCCUGGUGGCCAAUGGAGUCCCCGCUUCUUUUGUGCCUAAGCCCGGGUCUCUCAAGAGAGGCCUCAGUUCCCAGAGCUCAGACGACCCCACGAGUAAGAGAUCCCGCACCUCUUCCUUGAGCUCUUCGACAAGCACGUACACCGGCGGCAUCCCCAGCUCCAGGCGCAAUGCCAUUGCCAGUUCCUAUAGCUCUACUCGAGGCUUCUCCCAGUCACAGCUCUGGAAGAGAAGUGGCCGCAGCUCAUCACCCUUCUCUAGCCCAGCAUCAUCCCGCUCCCAGACACCAGAGAGGCCAGCAAAGAAAAUAAGAGAAGAAGAGCCAUGUCAUCAUUCCAGUUCCUCAACUCCAUUGGCAGCAGACAAGGAGUUCCAGGGAGAAGGGGUUGCAGACACAACCCCCCGGAAGAAACAGAACUCGUGGAAUUCCUCGUCUACGCCUGGCAGCUCUGGGCAGCGUAAACGGAAAGUUCAGCUACUGCCAUCUAGACGAGGAGAGCAGCUGUCCUUGCCUCCACCUCCCCAGCUUGGCUAUUCAAUUACUGCUGAAGAUAUAGACUUAGAAAAGAAAGCUUCUUUACAGUGGUUUAACAAGGUCUUAGAGGACAAGACAGAUGCUGCCUCAAACUCGGUCACUGAGACCCCGCCCACCACUCAACCUUCUUUUACCUUGACCUUGCCUGCUGCUGGGACUGCCUCGUCAACAGCCUCCCUGCCAGCCCCCAGCACUAACCCACUGUUAGAGAGCUUGAGGAAGAUGCAGAAUUCCUCAAGCCUACCAUCCCUCCCAGAAUCUGCUGGAGUGGCAACCACCGAGGCCAGUUUGCCUCCAAAGACGCCAAGCCUGCUGGACCCUCUGGGCUCUUCGCCGUCGGGGCCCCUCCCAGCCACCUCUCCAGACUCAAAACCCGCAGCCACUUGCCUGGGGCUGAGCCCUGCUUCUUCCGUGAUACCAGUCACCGACACCAAAUCUCCUCCAACCCUUCAGGCCGAGACAUCUGCCAAGCCCCAAGCCCCAUCCACCCCCUCCCCCACCCCCAAGCACAAUUUUCUGUUUGGGAUGCCGAACACUUCAGCUUCCAACCCUGCUUCCCUUGCUGCGCCUGCUGUGUCUUCAGCAUCUCCCAUGUUCAAGCCCAUUUUCAAGACCCCGCCGAAGCGUGAGAAUGAAGACCCCAUGCCGUCUAGCCCUUCGGUCACAGCCACGGCGUCCUCCAGCUCCACCCUCCCCACAACCACCAACACCUCAACCCUGACGUUCGAGCCUAUUUUUAGCAGCAUGGGGCCACCUACAUCUGUGCCCCUGUCUGCUCCCUUCUUCAAGCAAACAACCGCUCCGUCCACUGCUCCCGCCACGACUGCCCCUCUCUUCACUGGCCUGGCCGUUGCUACUUCCACAGUGGCUUCCGUCACCACAGCCAGUACAUCCGCAGACUCUGCUCUGAAGCCUGCUUUUGGCUUUGGUGUAAACGUGACCAGUGCCAUGAGCAACGUGACUAGCACGACCACUUCCACUUCACAGCCUUUCCUCUUCGGGGCGCCCCCUGCCUCUGGUGCCAGCUUUAACCCAGCCGUGAGCUCCGUCUUCCAGUUUAGCAAGCCUCCUGCCAUGCCUGCCUCAACGACAGUUGCCACCUUCAGCCAGUCCCUUCCCGGUGCGGUGCAGGCAGCCCCCAGCAGCAGCACUGCGGGCCUGAGUGGUUUUGGCAGCCCCCUCACCACCUCAGCCCUGAACCCCCCCAGCCAGCCUGCCCUGACACUCAGUAACACGGCCACCCCGGCGUUCAACAUUCCCUUUGGCUCGGGCUCCAAGCCCCCGCUGCCGUCGUAUCCAGGAGCCAACCCCCAGCCCGCGUUUGGGGCCACUGAGGGCCAGCAGCAGGCGGCCACCAAGCCGGCCCUUGCCCCAGGCUUUGGCAGCUCUUUCUCUUUCGGAAGCUCGGCAGCCCCAGCUGCGGCGCCAGCGCCUGCCCCCUCCCAGCCGACCUUCGGCAGUGCCACACAUUCAGCUUUUGGCGGGCUGAAGACCACAGCCUCUGCUUUUGGCACCCCCGCCAGCACCCAACCAGCCUUUGGCAGCACCACUGCCGUUUUCUCCUUUGGUGCGGCCACCACCUCUGGCUUUGGAGCUGCCACCCAGACCACCAGCAGUGGCAGUAGUAGCUCCGUGUUCGGCAGCACAGCUCCGUCACCCUUCCCGUUUGGGGGGUCGGCAGCCCCCACUGGCAGUGGGGGCUUUGGGAUCAAUGUGGCUGCCCCAGGCACCAGCUCCACCUCUGGAGCGUUCGGGUUUGGAGCAGGACAAAGCGGGACCACAGGCACCACCAGCCCCUUUGGAGGAGGCUUAAGUCAGAACACCCUGGGCACACCCAGUCAGAGCACACCCUUUGCCUUCAAUGUGGCUAGCACGCCUGAGAACAAACCUUUGUUUGGAGGCACCUCCACUCCCACCUUCGGCCAGAACACCCCUGCCCUGUCAGUGGGCACAUCAGGCAGCAGCCUCUCCUUCGGGGCAUCCUCCACACCUGCCCAAGGCUUUGUUGGCGUUGGACCUUUCGGAUCGACGGCCCCUUCGUUUUCCAUUGGUGCGGGAUCCAAGACCCCAGGGGCUCGACAGCGACUGCAGGCCCGAAGGCAGCAUACCCGCAAAAAAUAGCCUUUGUCCCUUUCCCGUUUUCCCCACCCCCUGCCCAAAUCUGGACAUCGGCACCUGCUAGGAAGAGCCUUUGACCCUUCAAGUUACAUAAAGCAAACCUACCCCAGAUCUCUGGCAUCAGCCACCAGGGGGUAGUGGCAGCCCUGAAGCCCUUUCCCUUCUGGAGGAAGCACAAGCCUCAGGGAGCGUGGCAGGGCCGGAGCCUGACGCCUUUACUUGAACAGUCCCGGGUGAGGCUGGAGAACUAAACAUCUGUACAUAUUGUCCACUCCCCUGACUCUUGCUUAGUGUCUAACUGCAGUCAGGCAGCCUCCCUUCCCCUCCCCUCGGAGCCAUCUUUGCUGGCGGGCAUAAGUGGCAGCCGGCUCGCAUCUCUGGUGUGCAUCUGACGGGAUUGGGGGAAACGGACUUGGCUUACAGCUUUACCUUGCUUGGCUAUAAGAAGUGGUUCUCUUCCUCUGGUCCCCUUAGGGGGCUGUUUCCCAUUUCUUGCUGCUUUGUCCCUCACUGGUUCCUUGCAGGACUUACUCCUUUUUAAAUGAUCUUGGACCUAGCUUUGCCUUGGAGACCCCAGUGGGUGCUGCUCCUGUUGUUUUCCUCCUGCCAAGUCUGAGUCAGUGUUUCAUCUCCAACCCUGCCAGUUUGGCCCCUAAAAGCUUGGUGGCUCAAGACUGUUAGCCUGGCAGAGCCAGGGGUGAGAUACCUCGCUCCAGGAGGGAGAAGCUCUUGGAGCAGGCAGGAUGCCCACCGCUGCUUCAGCUGCCUCCUCACCCACCUACCCAUUGGCCUCAAUGGGCCUUUGCCUCUCCGGGAUUGUGUGUUUCAAGCCCUGUCCUGUGUUACUUUGUCUGAUGCUCACGUCUAUUGCUCUUUGAAUCGAGUUUGGAGGAAGAAUUGAAUUGUAUGAGUGGCGGCAUGUUGGUAGUGCCGGACUUACCUGUUUCAAGUUUUCUGGGGCCUAGCUAAUUGAAUGUGGAAAGUAGCACCACUUUACGGCUACAAGUGCUGACUCCUGAAUUUUCAAAUGGUGUUUUGACUUUAAGGGCUGGCAGCCCAGGAGGAUGGGGCUGGGGAAGCAAAGACCUCUUCCCUCUGCGGUUUCUCUCCCACUUCCCCGAUCUCCCUGGAGCUAGAUUACCCAUCUGUGUUAGGAAACCCAAAUUAAAGAACCAUACUUUAAGAAUCCUGGCUAUUUUCUAGGGCCCUUUUCACCCCGUCCCCUCUUUGCCUUUGUUUCAAAACCACACGCCCCAGGCCCAGGAGCCUUGCUGCCAUGCCCUCCUCUUUGGGAGAAGUAUGAAUGCGUGUGUCUAAAUUAAAAGAAAAAAAUAUUUAAACAUUUUUUAACAAAAUAAAAAUUUAUUUUUGUAUUUAAGCUAAAUUGCCUUUUAAAUUCCUUCAAGCUUGGUUCAUUGAGGUGGUUAAGUAUAAACGCUAUUUACUAGGUAUUAGCUGUAUAGUUAAGUUAUGCCUGUGUGAAGAAGAGGCUCAAAUGCUGUCCCAGGCAGCUCUCCCGAGGGACCGGAGCUCCUUCUGGAUGUGUUAGAUACAACGUAAUUCUUCUUUUAUAAAAAUGUGAUGUAGGUGUAACUGGUCCCCUACCCACGUGACUGAGGCUGAAUGUUUUGUGCUGGGGGACUGCUGCGCCCCAUCCCCAAGGAUAGCUCUGGAGUCCGAUGUUUGAAUACCUAUCUGUGUGCAGCUGAGGAAGGAACCGAACCUCAAGUCCCAAAACCUGUAGGAUUGGAGGGUGGGGGUGGGGCCCAGACCUAGGAAUCAAGCUUCUGCCGAUACCUUAUGUGAGGUAGACCCUCUUGGCGGUUGUGUUCUGAGCCAGCGUACCUCAGUUCCGCAGGCAGGACGGUCGGCCCAGGAGCCCCUGGAGGAGGGUGGCCUGGUGUGGCGCGCGUGUGGGGGUGUGUGUGUGCAGCACGUGCACUGGACAGGAGCGGGAGGCUGGGACUUUCCCUUACAAAUAAAGACUUGAUUCUUGUUGAGUCUAGUUGGAAUUUUUAGUAUGAAUGUGAGACUUUUUCCUCCUGCUCAUGUCAUUCAGAAUUAAAAAACUGUGACCUGUC